AUUGACAGGACUGAACUGACAGUGGAUUUUUUUCCCUUCCCGUUAUCCACGCUCUGCGUCAUUUCCUUCAUUUAUUCACGUUUAUUUUUGCAAAACAUCUCACCGAGGAGGCAGUCCAGUGCUGCCGCAUUUUGUAUCCUUGCUCGCAGCCCGUUUUGGACGUAUUAUGGACGGUUAAGAGCGCACUGAUCCACCAGCCGACGUUAAGACCUCCCAGCUUUAAGGAGAGGAUUCUCAUUUGGAAACGGUUAUAUAAUCAGGUAAAGACUCUGGCGUUUUGAGCGCACGUUUCUUCUGGUUCGUUUUAUCAGCUCGUUAUUUAACUGUAUUCUAUUGUUGCAAAGGCAAUUCCCGUCCGUGUUCAUGCCAGAUCUGCAGCGCUUUAGUUUUCCAUACCAUAGCAUGAAUCCUUUGUUGGGGGCAAACGCGCAUCUCCAACAGCAUCCGCAGCAGAGUCACGCUCCCGGACACCCGGACUCUCCGUCAGGCCUCCUGUCCGACACCGUUUUCGGAGCACCGGACCAGACCUCCUUUUUGCUGGGUGAGCAGUCCGGGCCGGGGCCCGAUCAGCCGGGGCCUGACUUCACCGCACCCUCUCAGACCUCACCUUACCUCCCCCACAGCCGCAGCCACUACCACCACCAUCGCGUUGUGUCGCACCCCCCUGCUGCCAUGGCUCUGAGAAACGACUUGGGAUCCAACAUCAGCGUCCUCAAAACUCUCAAUCUGAGGUUCAGAUGUUUUUUAGCAAAAGUGCAUGAAUUAGAGCGUAGAAAUAAGAUUUUAGAGAAACAACUGCAGCAGGCGCUGGAUGCCAACAAAGGCUGUCAAGGUGGAUGCUGUGAGAGCAGGGGGCAUACCCAGGAUGCAGGCGUACAGACCGGAUUUGUCGGGACCAUGUCGCUCAGGCCCGGCUCCCUCCCCUUCCACAACACCAACAACUCAGCCAGGAGGCCUACAACACUGUUCACACCACCACUCACUACCGAAAACUCCAGUUCAACCCAAACAAAUGCCACUUGUAACCCGGCCAUCACUAUCAGCCAGGCCUCUCCCUGUGUGGACUCCCCUGGCUCUGGUUUUAAAACGUUCUCCAACACCAGCGCAGGUCCAGGGAGCUCCACCAACCCUCCUCCACGGUUUCUCCCGGGCACCAUCUGGUCCUACAACCACACACGCAAGUUUGGCCCCGGUGGGGACCGGCUGACCAGCCCAGGAGUCUCCUGGACACAGCCUGACGGAGUCGGGGUGCAGAUUGACACCAUCACCCCUGAGAUAAGAGCCCUGUAUAACGUCCUGGCUAAAGUGAAGAGGGAGAGAGACGAGUAUAAACGCAGAUGGGAAGAAGAAUACACUAUGAGGAUGGAUCUGCAGCAGAAAAUGUCAGACCUACAAGAGGACCUGCAAGAGAGUGAAGGCUGUCAGGACGAGCUGGCUGUCAGAGUUCAGCAGCUGAAGGCAGAGCUGGUUCUCUUCAAAGGCCUCAUGAGCAAUAACUUGUCAGAGUUGGACAGUAAGAUCCAGGAGAAAGCCAUGAAGGUGGACAUGGACAUCUGCCGCAGGAUCGAAAUCACCGCUCGUCUCUGUGACGUAGCUCAGCAGAGGAACUGUGAAGAUGUGAUCCAGAUGUACCAGGUUUCAAGCAACCAAUCAUCCCUAAACUGCCGGCGGAAACAAACUCCUCUGUCUUUCAACGGCAGCGAGUGUGACGAACCCGUCAGCACCUCUGAAAGUGAUGGGGGAGUGGUCAAAGAUGAAGAGCACCGUGGCUCAUCGGCCAAUCAGAUCAACGAGGAGAUGCAGAGGAUGCUGAACCACCUACGGGAAUGUGAGUUUGAGGAUGAUUGCGACAGUCUGGCCUGGGAGGAGACUGAAGAGACACUGCUUCUUUGGGAGGACUUCCCAGGAUCCACGCUGCCUCCUGACCCCACCCACCCACCAGGAGAGGAGGACUGCCUGGAAAAGGUGAUCAAUGACACGGAGUGUCUUUUCAAGUCCAGGGAGAAGGAAUACCAAGAGACAAUUGACCAGAUUGAGCUGGAACUGGCCACAGCAAAGAGCGACAUGAACCGACACCUCCAUGAGUACAUGGAGAUGUGUUCGAUGAAGAGAGGCCUAGAUGUUCAGAUGGAGACUUGCAGGAGACUCAUCACACACAGUGGAGACGGUGACUCUGCGGCGCCCGCGUCCACUGAGGACGGUGACCAGAGAGAAAACGACAGGUCAUCAUCAUCAACGUCUUCUUCCUCGAGCACUAGACGAUCUUGACACUUCCUCACUGCGGCAGCAACGGGGGCUGUGCUCACGUGUCCUCCACCGCAUCCAGCUACAGUAGCACACUGAUGCACUACACACCUGUAACUAUGGUAACGCCAUGUUUACACAAACCUCUUCAUGUGCGGAAUUAUUUAGUUAAUUCUUCCUGCUGCCCACGCAAGUCAGCUUUGGUCUGAGGAGACUUUUUAGCGCUGAUUUCUCUCAUUACUACUUCAUGCGGAUGUCCCGCAGAGGGGAGAGGUCUUCUCAUAGUCGGACCGUGUCAUCUUGUGUUUGAAAGCAGGAGUUAAGGAAGUGAAUCUUAUGAUGCAGUGUGAAGAUUCAGAAAGUAGAGGAAUUAUUGUAAAUAAACAGGCUGAUGUCCUUGCAGUGCAGUGCCGUAUGCUACGAGAAAGCAUAGCAGGACUAAUUGACUCCAAACACAGUAAAAACACUUCAUAACCUGGCGUUUAGCAAAUACAUGUCGUAAGGACCUUGUAAAGUCCACUCCACACAAAUGUACACGCCUGUUAUUAACAAUGUAUCACUAAACAAACACAAAAAGGGGAAAGUAUUUCUCAGUUUGAUUAGUCAGUUUUAUAUUAAUAAUGAGGAGCUUGAGUCUUUAAAGUCUAAUACGAUGUCAUGAUUCAGCAUUUUGCUGCCUUACAGCUGCAGAUUCAGAGCUGGCUUUCUAUCAGUGUAGGAAGCAAUUAAACCACAGGCAACGCAAACCUUAUUUCAUAAAUAUGAAUUGGGUACGAUCCUGAAAACAGGACAUUUUUUUUUGUCUGUCAUAUUUUCAAUCCAUCAUUUACCUGCUGUGAAUAACCUGAAUCCAAACUAGAUUUUAUGGGAGAAAUCCGCUGUAAAAAAAUGUAACAAUGUUAUUUAUUGCUGAUGUGCUGGCUCACCGAAAGGUGACAUUUUAACGACAAUCAAUGUCAGCGGGAAUUGUUCGAAUUAAAAUCAUAUUAGAGCACCGACAAGCUCAUUGACAAGACAACAACAAAAAAACACAUCUGAAAUACAUUGAACAUCACAGAUAAGUCUGUUAAUAACAAACCCAAAGUUCAAGGUGACAGCAUGUCAGUGUCCAGGGAGAGUUUUAAAUGCACCCUCUUGAAGCUGAUCUAGAGUCAGCGUUGGCUCUGGCAAUAAUCAUACUGUAUGAUUAAGUGCACUGUGUAGCUGUCUAAGAUUAGAGUCAGAACCUCUGCAUGGCUGAAUCACUUUUAAAGGAGAACACAAGAAAGUCAAAAAAUAGAGUAAGUUAGCCAUUUAGUGCCAAAAUAAAAUGGUCAGAUUGCGAAUCAACAGGAAGUUGCUGUAAAAAAAAAAGAAGACCUAAUAUAGCUGCUGUGGCUAUUUCACCAAGGUGCUUGAUGUAUAUAACUAAACCUAUUUUUGAGCCUGUUUGCACAUAGAAAGGAUGAGCAGAACAGAAAUGUAUCUGAAACAAUAACUAUUACUUGUAAAACAUGUAACAUAAAGAUGUCGACACGCUGGACAUAGAAAACUGUAUUUCUUCUAUUAUUAUUACUCAUCUUCUACAUGUUGCAGGUGGGGAACUAUAGUUAUGAAUUUAACACGAACACAUACCUCAUUUUUACUUUAUUUAUGUUUUCCUGGGUACAUUUAACCAUGACCUUUUUACUCAGACACACUGCUCCGGUAAAACAUAUACUAGCAUACUGCUGUAAAUCCUCACUGUCAUCACUUCUAUCAGACACUGUUGGCUAAAUAUAGUCCUGGCUCUAGUUUCUUCUCUGUGGUUGUACCAGUUGAAAUAUUUCUCAUGCUUCCACUGCAAGUCACACUUCAAUACUAAAUACUCAAUACUUCAAUACUAAAGACGGUAAAAGGACAUAAUUUAAUCUUGUAUAAACUCAUGCAUGUGUGGCUGUUGGACUCGACUGCACUAGGGUUUGAACACCGAAGGAGGAUGCCAGAGAUACAUUGUGUGAGACACAAAACAUGCCAUUUCCCUUUUUGUAUAGCUUACUGAGUGGGUUCUCUAUGUGUGCAUGUGCCAGUGUGUCUGUUUUUGGGUGUUAUGUCUGUACAGUGAGUGUUUUAAAAAAGACUUUUACUGGGGAAAAUAUACAACAUGAAGAAGAAGGAAACAUAAGUCCAAUUUGAUAUUGUCUCUGUGUUUAGCGUUUGGGACCGAGCUGUCUUUCCAAAAAUAAUCACCUCAAAAAUGUAAGAUAUCUAGAUCAAAUGACAAUGGAGUUAUUUUUUUCCAUUAAUACUUUUUCUUUAUGAGUGUAUAUGGUCGCCAAAUAAAGUCAAUUAAAAAAUAAGUUGUGUAAAAAAAAAAAAAAAAAGAUGAAAUGAAAUAAACUACUAAAAUGCCAAUGCUUUAGCAAAAUGACUGUACGAUGACUUGGAUAUUAUAUGUUUAAAGUGAAUAUAGCUUUGAAUAUAUACUUGUGUUCAAAGACUGCAAGCGAAGAAUGUCCACAAGGAAAUAAAUUGAAUUAAGAUAAAAUUAUCUCAUGGCCCUAUUUCGUUUCUCAAUGGAAAAGAUGGCGGUCAAUGACAAGAUAUGACGGUUUUUUGUCCCUUCUUUAAUGUUUUUUCCAGAGGAGACAAAAUAAUUGGAUUCAAUUUGUGUCGCAAAAAACAAUUUGAUGAUAAUCCUGAGUUUUGUUCAAGAUCUCCAGAUGUGUGACGAUGCAGCUUUAAAUAUCAAGACAGUAAUUUAGGCUAAAAGCUUCACUGCAGAGCUACAGUAUGUAACGUGUCAAGAGAGACUGAAAGAAUAAAAGAUGUAACUG